AAGUAAUGGUCUAGGUCUUCCAAUAUGUGUAGUUUCUGUUGUUAGUAUUGCGAUAGUUGUUGCCAUUGUUUUUCCUUCUGUUGGUGACAGGUUUCUUAAAACGAGAAUCAAGAGGUGGACUGGUUCUUAUAUGGUAUUCGCACUUCACUCUGCCUCAUUCAGUCCAGUUCGUUAAUGGUGAGACAACUGAGACAAUUCAAUACGCAGGACAUGAAAAUUGUUUUAUUUGAUUUUAUUAUACUGCGCAGCUAUCAUAAAUUGUUUUUCCCUGCACGUUAAUUUUAAGUUUUCGACAACCUCUGAUUUAUAUGUUUGUCGCAGAGCAAAUCUCAUAUAUCUAAGCUAUUUUCUCAAAGUGGAUCAAUUUAGGAAAAGAUUCGUGCAAAUGAUGGUUCCAUCUUCAAGCUUGGAUUUAUGGAAAAACAACCAACCACCCAAAUCAGUUGCCGAGCGGAUACGACCCCAUAGCUGAAACCAGAGGAACAACGCGGAAUAUGGAACGUCUCCAAAUUAAUUUUGUUCGAGUUUUAUUCUUUCCGGUUAUACUAUUGAACAAAUUUUGCCUCCUGGAAAAACAGUAUGAGAGGUCAGUGGUUCCUCAAGCGGCGGCUCGCGCAGUGGCCAGAAUGGACGGAGACAUUAUCAUUGGAGCCCUUUUCUCCGUUCACCACCAGCCCUCCGCCGAGAAGGUGGCCGAGAGAAAAUGUGGGGAGGUGAGGGAACAGUACGGAAUUCAGAGGGUGGAGGCGAUGUUCCACGCUUUGGACCUGAUCAAUUCAGACCCUGAUCUCUUACCUAACAUCACCCUGGGUUGCGAAAUCCGGGACUCCUGCUGGCACUCUUCAGUUGCUUUGGAACAAAGUAUCGAGUUCAUAAGGGACUCGCUCAUAUCCAUUAGGGACGACAAGGACGGAUCUAAGUGGUGCAUCGACGGGCCGCCUUCGAAUCAACCUCCUGCGACAAAGAAACCAAUCGCCGGCGUUAUUGGACCAGGUUCGAGUUCGGUGGCGAUACAAGUUCAAAACUUACUGCAACUAUUCAAUAUACCCCAGAUUGCUUACUCUGCCACCAGUAUUGACUUGAGUGACAAAACACUCUUCAAAUACUUCCUGAGAGUCGUGCCCUCCGACACACUUCAAGCCAGGGCCCUUUUGGAUAUUGUCAAACGCUACAACUGGACGUACGUGUCUGCCGUGCACACAGAGGGAAACUAUGGGGAGAGCGGGAUGGAGGCAUUCAAGGAGCUGGCUGCUCAGGAGGGCCUGUGCAUCGCUCACUCGGACAAGAUCUACAGCAACGCCGGGGAGAAGCACUUCGACCGGCUCCUGCGGAAGCUGCGGGAGCGGCUUCCCAAGGCCAGGGUGGUGGUGUGCUUCUGCGAGGGCAUGACCGUGCGUGGCCUGCUCAUGGCCAUGCGCCGGCUCGGCGUGGCCGGCGAGUUCCUGCUCAUCGGAAGUGACGGCUGGGCGGACAGAGAUGAGGUGGUGGAGGGCUAUGAGGAGGAGGCUGUGGGUGGCAUCACUGUAAAACUACAGUCAGCCGAAGUCACCUCCUUCAACGACUACUUCCUGAAACUCCGUCUGGACACCAACACCAGGAACCCGUGGUUUGCAGAGUUCUGGCAGCACCGUUUCCAGUGCCGACUUCCAGGACACCCACAGGAAAACACAAACUUUCGAAAAAACUGCUCAGGUGAUCUAGAGCUCCAAGAUGGGUAUGAGAACCUAGAAGAGAACUAUGUUCAGGACAGCAAGAUGGGCUUUGUCAUCAAUGCCAUCUAUGCCAUGGCCCACGGUCUGCACGACAUGCACCGCGAGCUUUGCCCUGGGCAUGAGGGCUUAUGCGACGCCAUGGACCCAGUGGAUGGCAGAAAACUGCUGGAAUUCCUGCUCAAGACCUCCUUUGCUGGCGUGUCUGGAGAGGAGGUGUGGUUUGAUGAGAACGGGGACACACCCGGCAGGUAUGACAUCAUGAACCUGCAGUAUGUGGAGAAUGAUCAGUAUGACUACAUAAAUGUAGGCUUCUGGCAUGAGGGCAUGCUCACCAUUGACGACAAUGCCCUCCAGAUGAACCGCAGCGAGAUGGUCCACUCUGUCUGCAGUGAGCCUUGCUCCAGGGGCCAGAUCAAGGUGAUCAGAAAAGGGGAGGUGAGCUGCUGUUGGAUCUGCACUGCGUGCAAGGACAACGAGAUUGUUCAGGACGAGUUCACUUGCAAGGCCUGUGACCUCGGCUGGUGGCCUGACAAGGAGUUGGAAGGCUGUGAGCCCAUCCCCUUGAAGUACCUGCAGUGGAGUGACCCAGAGUCCAUUGUGGCUGUCGUAUUCUCCUGCCUGGGCAUCCUGGUGACCAUGUUUGUCACUUUCAUAUUCAUACUGUACCGCGAUACCCCCGUGGUCAAGUCCUCAAGCCGCGAGCUCUGCUAUAUCAUACUGGCAGGUAUUUUCCUGGGCUACCUCUGCCCCUUCACCCUCUUAGCCCGGCCCACCGUGGUCUCCUGCUACCUGCAGCGCAUCCUGGUGGGCCUCUCAGCUGCCAUGUGCUACUCUGCCCUGGUGACCAAGACCAACCGCAUUGCCCGGAUCCUGGCAGGCAGCAAAAAGAAGAUCUGCACCAGAAAGCCGCGAUUCAUGAGCGCCUGGGCCCAGGUGGUCAUUGCCUCCAUCCUGAUCGGCCUCCAGCUCACCUUGGAGGUCACACUCAUUGUCCUGGAGCCACCCGAACCCGUAAGGGCCUACCCCAGCAUCAGAGAGGUCUUCCUCAUCUGCAACACCAGCAACGUGGGGGUGGUGGCACCCCUGGGCUAUAACGGCCUGCUCAUCCUCAGCUGCACCUACUAUGCCUUCAAGACCAGGAACGUCCCAGCUAACUUCAAUGAGGCCAAGUACAUUGCCUUCACCAUGUACACCACCUGCAUCAUCUGGCUGGCCUUCGUGCCCAUCUACUUUGGCAGCAACUACAAGAUCAUCACCACCUCUUUCUCGGUCAGCCUUAGCGUGACGGUUGCGCUGGGCUGCAUGUUCACUCCCAAGAUGUACAUAAUCAUUGCCAAGCCGGAGCGGAACGUGCGGAGCGCCUUCACCACCUCCGACGUAGUGCGCAUGCACGUUGGCGACGGGAAGAUCACAUGCCGGACCAACGGCUUGCUCAACAUGUUCCGCAGGAAGAAGAAUACCUCAGGAAACAGCAGUUCUAAUGGAAAGUCUGUGUCCUGGUCUGAAGCAGGUGGGAAACAGCCUCCUCAGGGGGAACAAAUGUGGAACAGGCUGUCUGUGCAUGUGAGGAGGCCGGAGACAGGCUCAAAUCAGACGGCAGUCAUCAAGCCCCUCACUGAAACGCAACACAACACAGCCCCGCACUAUUCUGACCUCACUGAGACCCUGCCUGGCACAGGCCAGGCCUAUUCGGACUUCCCUGAUGGCCAGUGCAGUGGGGACCUGCACUAUUCUGACCUGCCCAACACCCAGAAUGAGGCAGGCCUGCUCUUUUCGGACUUUGAUGACACCCAGCCUGACACAAGCCUGCAGUAUUCUGACCUCAGCCCGAAAACACUGUACAGUGUGGCCGAGGACGACAAGGGCGAAGGCCCUGGGUACAGUCGGCCCAUCAGCCCCCCUCUCCUGGUGCCCCACCUCCGCCCCGGCAGUGCCUCUGCAAAGGAGGGAGGGGAGAGGCUGCUGAUGUUUUCGCCUGACCUUUUCCAAAAUAGCAUGUUCUCACAGCACAUUGUCAUGGACCACCUCCAGGGGGCGGUGGACACCUUCGGAUCUGCAAUCCCACACCUCCAGGACGUGAUCCCCCUCCAGGGCCUCGGAGGCGGGGGCAACCCCACCCACCAGCCCCGCCUCCUCCUCCCCUUGGGCCUGCCCCUACAGGCAGCCCACAUUAACGAAGAGCCAAUCACCCCCUCUGAGGAAAUGGAGGGAGGAGGGUUUGGCCUGGACCAUGGGUAUGUGUUUGACAGUGCUCAGAUUCAUCAGGAGGAAGAGGAAGAGGAGGAGGAGGAGCGGCCACGUGGUACCAGGCUCACCCUGGAAGACUCCCCUGCCCUAAUGCCCCCUACCCCAUUCAGAGAUUCCCUUGGCUCUGGCACUUUUGCCCCCAGCUCUCCUGUGUCUGAAUCUGUGCUCUGCACACCCCCAAGCCUGACCUACGCUGCAGUCAUCCUGAGAGACUACAAGCAAAGCUCCUCCACGCUGUGAGGGCCCAUGAUGAGUUUACAGUUCUCUUAUGCAGUCAUUUCGAAUCGUGUUGAAGGCCUGCCAGCAAUGGCCAAAAAGGACAAAAAAAUUCCUCAAAAGCAAAUUGAAUGUCCUUCCACAGUUAUUGCCAUCUGCCACCCUACUUUUCAUAAAUUAUAAAACACAAAAAAAAGAAAGAAUGCACUUUCUUAACACC